AUGAAGGAUUAUUAUAUGGAUAAGAUUAAAAAGAAUAUUAAUGAAAUAAAGAAGUAUCAAAAUAUAAAUAUAUUAGAAAAAACAAAUGAAACUGAUAAUGCAUUUUUUUAUGAAAAUAAAAAUGUUACGUUGAAAUAUAAUGAAGAAAAGAAAUAUAAAAAGACAGAGGAUAUAAUCAGUAAUAUAUCAACGGAUAAAAAGGAUAUUAAAAAUAAUAACUGUAAUAAUAUAUCUAAUGAUGAAUAUGUGAGAAUAAAAAAUGGACCUGAAAAUAAUUAUGUCUCAUAUAACAAUAACAAAAUAAUUAAUAAUGAUAAUGAAAAAUAUGACAAUAUAUAUAAUAAUUAUGGUUCGGUCAUACAUAAAUUAAAUGUACAUGAUAUGAAUAAUAUACCUAAUCAAAACUAUAAUAAUAAUGUUGUUAUUUCCACAAGGAAAAAUAAAAAUGAUGUAAUAUAUAAUAAUGAUAAAUAUAAUAUAUCAUAUAACACAAAUAGUUUUAUAGAUACAAAAGAAAAUAUGAAUAUUAAUAACGAUGUAGGAACAAAAUAUCAUUUGGAUAAUAAUAAUAAUAAUAAUAAUAAUAAUAAUGGAUAUAUUAUAAAUGAAAACAUAAAUUACGAUAUAGAAAAUAAAAUGACAAAUACUUUAAAUGAUAUAAAUAAAUGUGUUCAUGUAAAUCGAAAUGAUUUUUCAUAUUAUCUUAAUAUAAAAGAUGGGAAUAAGAUUGAAGAUGAUAAUGCAACUUAUACACAUUAUAUAAAUAAUUGUAAUAUUCAUCAAUAUCAUAAUACUACUAAUAAUACAUUUUAUAAAAAGAAAUGUGAUGAACAAUAUUAUGAUAAGUGUGAAAGUGGAACUCGUAUAAACAAAAUUAAUGAAAAAUAUAUAAAUGAACAUUUUAAUAAUAAUGGAAGUGAUGAAGACAAUAUUUAUUUUCAUAAACUCUUAUCUCAUAAAAAUAGCAAUGAAAAAAAAUAUGUUUUUCAAGAAAAAAUAGAAAAAAGAAAUGAUGAUAAAUAUAAAUAUUGUUAUAAAGAUAUAUCAUCAUAUAUGGUCAAUAGAGAAAAUUAUAAUGGUAAUAAAGAUUUACAUAUAUUGAAUAAUUAUUAUGAAAUGAAAAAUAACUUACUCAGCAAUAAAAAAAAUAUAUAUAUAAUUAAUAGUAAUGAUCAAAAAAGGGAUUUGAGCUUACAAAAUAAGGAGGAUGAAAAAAUAGACGUAGUAAAAGAAAAUUGCGUACAAACUUUUGAUAAUAAGAAAGAAAAAAAAAAUAUAUAUAUAUACGAACAAUCAUUUAAUAAUAAUAAUAAUAAUAAACAUUUUGAUUUGAACGGAAAUGAAUGUGUACAUAAAAAUGACGAGCAAAUAAAAAGGAGUACAUAUAUCCAAGAUAAUACACAGCAUAUAUAUAACGAUAUGUGUGAAAAGCAAAUUCAUUAUGAAAUAAAAAAAAAUAAUCAGAAUAAUGUAUUAAUAAAUGAUAAUGCUGUGCAUGCAGAAGAAGAUAUAUGUGUAAAAAAUUCAUAUCCAAUAUCUUUAUUAUCAUCACAUGAUAUUACUUUAUCUAGAAAGGUUAAAGAAUAUUUUUCAGACUCCGAAAAUAUUAAUUCACAAAGUGAUCAAUGUGAUGAACUUAAAAAGAAAAAUUUUAUAGGAAAACACAUAAUAAAUAAAAACGAAAUUAAUGAUAAUAGACCUAUUGAAUUUGCACAAGUGGAAAAAAAUAAUUUGGAAAAUAAAUAUUUACAUUAUCCAAAUGUUUUUUAUACAAAUGACAAAAUAAAUGAUAAAACUUUACAAGAAGAGGUAAAUGAAAAUUGUAUUAAAAAAAAAAUUAUUUGUGAUAAAAUUAAAGGAAUUGAAAAACUUAAAGAGCCAACAAACUCUAUAUUAUUGAAUAAAAAUAAUAAGUAUGAUAUAUGUGAAGAAAAUAAAAUGGGAAAUAAUAACUCACACGUUAUAAAAAAUAUAUACAACAAAGAAAAAAAAUCUUUUAAUGAGGAAGACAAAGGUAUAAUACAAAAUGAAAAUGCAAAUUUAUAUUAUAAUUAUAAUAAACAAUUUCCAAAUUCAGAAGAAAAUUUCCAUAAUGAACAUAAAAAACAAUAUAAUAUACCAAGAAAUAAUACCUUACGCUUAUUAGAUGAACAAAAAGAAAGUGACCAAAAGAAUGACAAAAAAAAUAGCGAGAAUGAAGAAGAAUGCAAAUUUCCUUCAUUUUCCAAUUUUAUGUCAUAUGAAGAAAAAUACAAAAAUGAUAAUAUAAUGCCAUAUAUUAAUAAGGCAUCUAAUGAUUUGGGAAAUUCAAACGAACUAACAAAUUUGAACAAAGGACAAGCUCACAAGAAUUCUAUAUAUGAAAAGGUUAAUAUAAAUAAUGAUAAGGUAAAAAAGAACAACUUACAUUCAAUAAAUGAUAAGAAAAUUAAAAUAAAUAAAACUUUUAUGAAUGAAAAGGAUAUGAAAGGAAAUAAUACAAAAAAAUAUAAUAAAGAAAAAAGGGAUAAUAAUAAAAGAAAUGAAAAUGAUAAUGAAAAAAAAAAUAUAUAUAUAAAUGGGAAUAAAAAUAUAUUUUUAUCAAAUAAGAAUUCUGAAAAAGUUCAUUUAGAUAAUUAUGAUCAUAAUAAUUUAGGAAGAAAAAAAAGGAGUUGUACCAUUAAUGAUAAUAUAAAUUUAUCUGAAAAAAAACAAUUAGAAAAAGAAUUGGAUGUAUAUUUAAAAAUUGAGGGAUUCUUAUUAUCAUCAUCAGCCAAGUCAUCGGUAUCUUUACCAUCAAAUUUAUCAAAUACAUAUUGGGGACAAAGAAAUCUAAAUGAAGAAACUAAUUUAUCUAAUGUACUAAAGAAGCAAUUUUCUAGUAAUAAUGAGAGGAAAAGGAGUACAAUAUUGACAACGGAAUAUUCCAACAAAAUUGUAAACUAUGAAAUAUCAUCUAGUAGUAUAGGUACAUAUGAUAAUUAUGAAAUUCAACAAGUAUUUGAUGAAAUGUUAAACAAUAGAUGUACAGAAAGGGAAUAUUCCAAAAAGGUUAAUUUGGAAUAUAUGGACGAUAAGGAUAAUGCAUUUUCUUCAUCGAAUCGUAUGACUGAUAUGUCAAAAAAAAUAAGUAAAAUUUUUAAUAAAAAUGGUAGUAUAAAUGAUAAAAUAAAUGAUAAUAUAAAUGAUAACAUAAAUGAUAGCAUAAAUGAUAACAUAAAUGAUAAUAUAAAUGAUAAUAUAAAUGAUAACAUAAAUGAUAACAUAAAUGAUAACAUAAAUGAUAACAUAAAUGAUAACAUAAAUGAUAACAUAAAUGAUAAUAUAAAUGAUAACAAUAAGGAAAAUAUAAGAGAUAGCAAUAAUGAUAAUACAAAUGACAACAAUAAGGAAAAUAUAAGAGAUAGCAAUAAUGAUAAUACAUAUAACAACAAUCAUUAUAAUAAUAUUAAUAGUAAGAACAGUUGUGAUAAGGUUGUUAAAAAUCAAAAUAAACAAUUAGACCAUUGUAUAUCUAAAAAACAUAAUUCCUUACUUAUAGAUUUAAUGAAAAAAAAGAAUAGAAAAAGAAUGAGAAGUAGUCAAAAUAAUUUUCAAAAAAAACUGGAUAAAGUAUUCGAUUUAGUUGUUCUCCCUAAAUCAGAAAAGGAACGUAAUUUAAUCGAUAAAAUUAUUUACUGUCUAGAUCCUUCAUAUGUAAAUAACACACUGGAUGAAGAGACAAAAUGGAAACAAAAAUUGAAAUAUAUGCAAGAAAAAUUUUUAGAAUCAAUACUUUGUAUAUCUUAUCCAAAUGAUUUGUGGACAGAAUCAACCUUUGAAGCUUAUUUGGAAUCAUUAAAUUUUAAUUCAUUAUUAGAUGAUACAUUUAUAAAAUAUGAAAAAGAUCUUAAUAUCAAUUUGUUUCAUCCAGAAGAAGAAAUUUUUUCUGAUCCAGGAAAUAUUGGAGAAGGAGGUUUUGGAAUUGUAACGAAAAUGCGAUUUUUAACAUUCCCUCAAUAUUAUGCUAUAAAAAAAAUAUCAAAAGAUCAUAUAAUAAAAUCUCAAGCAGCUGGACAAGCAUAUUUAGAAGCAAAAUAUCAUUCUGUUUUGAGUCAUGUAAAUAUAAUAAAAAUGUAUGGUUGUAUGCAAGAUGAAGAAUAUAUAUAUCAUGUAUUAGAAUUUUGUUCCAAAGGGAGUAUUUAUUCUAUAUCUAAAAACUUUAAAAAAAGAAGAAUUCCAGAUGAAUUGGCAUAUAAAUAUUUUUGUCAUGUAGUUAAUGGAUUAUAUUAUUUAAAUCAAAUGGGUAUAUUUCAUAGAGAUAUAAAAAUGGAAAAUGUUUUAGUUGAUCAUAAAGAUAAUGCUAAAUUAUCUGAUUUUGGUUUGUCUGCUAUGAUAUUAGGUAAAAAAAGUCAUUCUUCAUUAUGUGGAACACUAGUUUAUUUUUCUCCAGAAAUUACAAGUGGUACUGGAUAUGAUUGGAGAUCUGAUAUUUGGUCACUUGGUGUUUUGUUAUAUGAAAUGUUAGUUGGAGAUGUUCCUUUUGAUGGGACAAAAACUCAAAUAGUUGAAUCCAUAUUUUCAUGUAAUUUGAAAUUCCCAGAUUUUGUAAACCCUUUAGCUAUAGAUUUAAUUAAAAAGACAUUAGUUGUUGAUGUAAAUAAAAGAAUAAGACUAUGUGAAUUGUCUUCUGAUCCUUGGAUGCAAGAAAUGUGGAAAUUAAGUUUUCAAAAAAAUUUAAAUACUAACCAAAAUAUUAAUCAUCUUAAAAAGGAAGAUAAAAAUGAUUUUAAUUUCAUAAGUAAUUUAAUAAAAAAACAAUGCUUUAUAAAUAGUAGUCUCAAUGCUUCUUUAAAUUUUGACAAAUUAAAGAAAGGGAAAAAAACAUACAAACAUUUCAUACAUAGGAAUUCAAAGGAUGAUAUGUAUUCUUUGAUUGUGGAAACACAACAAAGAUUAGCUGAUUAUUUAGAAUUGGAUGAUUCCUAUAUGAGUGACAAAAUUGAUUCUACAUCUGAUACAAUUAGUGAAUACGAUUCCAAUAAGUAUACAUCUCCUUUUUACAAUCUUUCGAAUAAGGAAAAAAAAUCUAAAUCUAUUUCGGGUACAACUAUAAGAAAUGAAUUUGGGAAGAAAAAUAAAAAUAAGUUAAAUGAAUAUAACACUAUAAGUGAUCCUGUUAUAUGCAAAGUUGUAAAAGAAAAACACCUAAAUAACUCUUUUAAAAAGAAAGAAGGGGAACUUAUUAAGAACGAAAAAAUAACAGAAUCUAAAGAUUUAAAAAAAAAAAAAAAAAAAAAAAAUGAAUGUGAUAUAACAAAUCGCGAAAAUAUAUAUAAUUCUAUAAAAGAAAAAUUUAGCGACUCCAAUAAAGAUAACACUUUUGUGAACAAAAAUGAUGAUCAAAUAAAAAAUGUUUUAUCGAAUGGAAUGGCCAUUAAAUAUAGUGAUACUUAUUCCCAAAUAAAUGAUCAAUUGGAUAUUACAAAAAUGGAUACAAUUGAUAAUGACAAUUUUGAAAAAAAACCCAAAGAGAAAAAUCAAAAUGAUUCAAUUGAACCAAAUAAUAUUUAUAUGGAGAAAAAAACAGUUGUAGAUAUGAAAAAUGGAGAUAGCAUUUCAAUUAUAUACAAUAAUAAUUUAAAAAAAGAAGAAGAUAUAAAAAAGAAUGUCGAAGUACAUAAUAAUAUGAAUGAGAAAAUUUAUUGUGAAAACAUUUUAAAAAAUGGUACUACCGAAAAACAACAUACACAUAUAAUGGAAAAAACUGAUAAAAACAGUAAUAAGGAAUUAAAAGACGUUUUUCAAAAAAUGGUUGAUUCAUCAUGUGAAAAAACAAAAGUAGAUGAUAAUAUUGAUAAGUGUCAUGUAUUAAGAAAUAUUCCAACAUUAUAUAUGUCUUCCUUUUCUGGAUCUUUGGAAAAUAUUAAUAAGAUGACAAAUGAAAAGAUUGAUAUUGAUACGAAAAAUAGUGAAGAGGAUUUAAAAAUGGAAGAAAAAUUAAAAACAGUGAAUACAAAGGUGAGUACAAAUAAUAAUGAAUAUAUAAUGAAUAAGAUAAAAACCAAAGAAAUAAAUAAUAAUAAUAAUAAUAAUGAUGAAAAUUUAACGAAUAUAAAAUAUGAAAAGAAUCACAUUAAUAAUGAUGUAUCACAAAAUAAUUUUGUUGAAGAAAUAAAUAAAUCAUAUAUACCAAUCUGUGUUCAUAAAGAAUGUUCAACUGAUUUAAUAAAACAAAAUAAAUGUUCUAAAAUAAAUUUAAAAUUAAAGGAUAUUUAUUUUGAUGAGAAGAUAAGAAAAGAUCAACAUGGUGGAGAUUUAAAAUUUACAGAUGGAAAAGGAGAUGAACAGAAGAACGACACACAAAUAAAUUUGAAAAACGAUGAAUUAAUAAAGAUAGCAAAUGUAGAAGAAAAGAAGAUUGAAAAAAAAAAUAAUGAUCAAAACAAGUUAUCAAGUGAUGUGAAUACUGAAAUAUUAAGAAAAUAUAUUUCUGAUGUAAAGAACUAUCUAUUAAUAAAGCCAUCGCUUAAUAAAAAUAAUGGAAUUAAUAACAAUAAUAAUAAUAAUAAUAAUAAUAAUGAAUAUAUUAAUGAGGAAAAGAAAGAUAACAUCAAUGAAAAGAAUGACAUAAGCAAAGAUAAGAAAAUCCAAAGUAACAAUGAAACACAAAAGGAGCCUUUAUUUUCGAAACUAUUGAACAAAGCAUUUGGGAAAAAAUAUACACAUGAAAAAAAUUAUAAAAAUGAUAAUGUUGUUGCAGAUAUACAUAAAUGUAGUGAUUCUCAUAUAUUAUAUAAAGGAAUAGGAGAAUGUAAUAAGAAUGGAAAUAUCAUUAAAGAAUGUGAAAAUAAAAAUGUUGAGAAAAUAGAUGAAAACACAAGUAUGUAUGAUAAAUAUAUCGAAAAAAUAAAUAAAUUAUAUUUGAAUAUAAAAAAUAAGAAAUUUAUAUAUGACCUGGAAAAUAUGAAAAAUGGAGGAUCUGAUGAGAAUUUUAAUAAAUGUAAUGAUAAUAAUCAUAAUAAUAAGGAUCAUAUAAUAUGUAACAAUGCAUAUACGGAUAAUCUCCAUAUGAACAAUAAUAAUGUUGAUAUGAAUGAAAAUUGUGUGUAUAAAGGUUUGAAUUAUAAAAUAGAUAAAUCUAAAGACCUACAUAAUAAUAAUAAUAAUAAUAAUAAUGAUAAUAUUUUAAAUGAUUAUAAUUAUAAUUGUAAUUAUAAUUAUAUACAUGGAUAUAAAGUGGAUACAUCUAAAUGUUAUAAUGAUAUGAAUAAGAAAAAUGAAAAGCAUUAUUACAUAAAUAAUCCUUAUUUUCAUGAAGAGACACAUAAUAACAAUAUAAAUAAUUUAUAUAAUUCUAAUGAAUAUCAUAAGAAUGUACAAAAUACAUCUCAAAAGAAUAUCCCCAGAUUAGGGAAUACAUUAUAUAAUAAAUUCAAUUAUGAAAAGUAUAUAGACGACAAGUUGGUAGAUUUGGAAGAGAAAAGAAUAUGUAAAGCAAAUUCCUGUUCUUUAUAUAAAGAAAAUAAAAAAAAAGAACAGACAUUAGUAGAAUUAAAACAAGAAAUUGUUGGUGAUAAGAAGUUAAUAAGUACAACAAGGAUAACACCUGACUUUAUUUCUGUUGAUAAAAAAUAUAUGAAUUCCAGUAAUAGCGAUAAUGGAGAUUUUAUUAUUGGACAAAAGAAUAAAUUAAAUUGCAAAAAUGGAGAAGAAGAACAAGAUGAUUAUACGAAUAAUUUUAUACUUAGUUCUUCUAAUUCAGAUUUCUCAAAUGAGAGAAAAAAUAAAAAUGUAGAAAAAUAUAAGAGUGUCAAAUCGAACAAUGCACAUUUGAAUAAUAAUUUUAAUGAAUACGUACAAUAUGGAAAAGGAAAUAAAGAAAAUAGUUUUAGUUAUAUUGAAAAUAAUAUAAUAAGUAAUAAUGAUAUGGAUACAUAUGAAAAAAUCGAAUUUAAUAAUAAAAAUAAAAAAGGAUCAUGUAAUAAUGAGAAUAAUGUUAUAUCUUUUAAGCCUUUAUCCUUUAACAAUAAAGUAACAUUUAUGGCAUUGGAAAAUUAUAAUGAUAUGGAAAAUAUGCAUAAUGUUAAUAAAAAUCAAAAUAUGUCUGAUAUACAAAUAAACCAUAAAAAUUUAUUGAAUGGAAAUAAAAGAAUAUCUUAUGAAUUAUCCAAUUUAGAGUCAAUAAAAAAAAUAAAUAAAAAUGAUGUCAGUAAUAAUUUAAAUUAUAUUAAAGAACAUUCUCCUUCUUUUAAUUCAACUACGAAAGGUAAUAAACACAGUAGUUUUACAUAUAACGCAAGAAAUAAAGUUAAUAAUGUUGUUAAAAAUAAUAAAAGAAGUGUAUCUACGAAUAGGCGUUAUUUAAUAAUAAAUAAUAAUAAUAAUAAUAAUAAUAUGAAAGUAGGAAAUCCAAACAUGUAUAAAAAGGGUUUAUCAUAUAAAGUUCCACCAUGUAACACUAAUUAUAGAGAACUGAAUAAAAAUAAUCUCCCAAGUGAAACUCAAAAAAGAACGCUUUUAAGGGAUUAUAUAAAGAAUAAUGAUAAAAUGUAUACAAAAGAUAAACAAAAAAUGAAUAUAAAAUGUGAUUUAAAAUAUAACCAGAAAAGUAUGAUAAAAGAGAAACAAAAAAUAAAUAUAAAGAAUAACUUAAAAAGUGAUGCUAAAGGUACUGGAAAAAAAUUGUGUUCUCAUAAAUUGCAAAAUGCGGAAAAAAAAUCAAAUGAUAAAAUUAGUACAAAUAUUAAAGUUUCUAAUUGUUUGAAUAAAAGUUUGAAAGUUAAAAAUUUGAACAAUUUACAGAAAGGUAUAAAUGUAUUACAAAAGAAUGACAAACAUACGGAAAAAGAACAGAACAAUAUUGUUGAUUAUAAAUUGAAUUUAUUAGAUAAUAAAAUAGAUACAUACAAAAAUACAAAGAAGGAAGAAAAUAUUGAUGAAAAAAGUUACCUUAACGAUGAUUCUUCAAUAAAUGAUCGAAAAAUAAAUCAUCAUUAUAAUGAUAAAUCAGCCUUAAAUAAAAAUAAGGAAAUUGAUGUUUAUAAUAAAAGGGAAGAUAAUAAUAUAAAUGAAAAUCAAAAUGAAUAUGAUAAUAAAAAUUUAUUAAUAUAUCAACAAAAUGAUGAUCAAAAUAUAGUACAAGUUGAAAAAACACAAAAUGAUUUAAUAUUAAAUAAUAAAAAAGUUAACAAUACAAUUAUAAAACGACAUAAUUCAAACUCUAUUAAUAUGAAAGAAAAAAUGUCCAAAAUAAAUGAAACUAAAAAUAUAAAUGAAAACAUUAAUAACUCAAAAAAUAUCUCAAAAUUAAGUGAAACAAAUAACAAAAUGGAUAAUAUGGAAACGAGAAAAAAUACUAUUUCUGUGCAAGAUGUGAUUAAAAAUAAUUUAGAUAAUCUACAAAAGAAUAGAAAAAUGUUACUUCCAAACAAUUUAAAAAAUUCAAAAGUAAAACAAUAUUUAAAAAGCAAAAUAGAAAAAAUAAAAAUGCAAAAUGAUUAUAAUUUAUUAUACAAUACCAUGGAUAAUCAAAAUGGUAUUAAUAAAAAAUCUAAAAUUUUAGACAUAUAUAAUAAGGAAUGUAAUUCUAAAGAUAUCUUAAACUUACAAAAUGUUCAUCAUACCAAAAGAUCAACAAGUGAAUUUUUACAAGCUCCCAAUUCAAAAACAUUUAAUAAUACAAAUCAAGAUUUACAAAAUGUUAAAACGGUAAGAAAUGUAACAUAUACAUCAACUAAUAAUUUGGGACAUAAUAUGAAACCUACCACUUUACCAACAUAUAUAAACAAAGAUCAGAUACAAAAACAUAAAAAUGAGGAAAGGAAAAAAAAUAUAAUAAGAAAUAAUGAAAAAAUAUCAAGGAGUAAAAGUGAAGGAAUAAAACAUUUAAGGCUUUCUUCUUCAGAUAGUGAUUUAUCGUGUUAUUUAGAUUCUUUUAAAAAUACAUUUCAAGACAAAAUUAAUAAUAUGACAAAAAAAAUUAAAGGAGAUGAAAAUCGUGAUGAAAUACCCAUGCAAAAUAUUAAUGGAAAUUAUAUAGAAAAAAAUAUUAUACAAAAGAGGGAAUGUUUAAACAGUAAUAUCAACAAAAAUACAGUUAGUAAUAAUAAAAAUAAAUUUAAUACAAAAAAUAAAUUAUAUACAAAUGUUGUAUCUAAAAAAAACCUAAAUUUUUCUAAUGUAAAAAGUAAGAUAGACACAAAUAUUCAUAAAAAAUCUAAUAAUAUGGAAGAGAAUAUAUUAAAUAAGAAGAAUAGUAAUGUAACGUUUAAUGAAUAUAACAGAAGAACAAAAAGUGCCAAAAUUUUUAAUAAGUCGGAUAGUUUAUUAAAUACAACAAUUAAUACAUACAAAAAUUCUUCUAUAACAAAUAAUAUGAAAAUUUCAAAAAAUGUUGUAAAGAAUAAAGUGAUAUCUUCAUCUAAGAGAGAUAAUUCUGUAAAAUUGAAUGCAAAGUUUUCAGAAUAUAAAAGGUCCCCUAUGAAAGGAAAAGAUUCUGUGCACAUAGAAAGUGAGGAUAUAAAAUAUGAAGAAGAAUUACAAAAGAAAUUGUUAUUAUUAAAUAAAGAUGAUACAUAUAAGAAGGGAGAAAAGAAAUAUGCUUCUAAAAAUGAUGAUAAGGAGGAAAAUGUUCAUUUGAUUAUUGAAAAUUAUGUUGAUAGGAAUGAUAAAUUAGAUGCUGUUAAAGAAGUUGAAGAAAUGGAUAAGAAUAGAAAAGAAAAUGAUAAUAAAAAAGGAAUAGAUGAUAAUGAAAAGAAAAGAAGUGAUGAUGAAAAAAAAAGAAGUGAUAUUGAAAAGAAAAGAAGUGAUAAUGAAAAGAAAAGAAGUGAUAAUGAAAAGAGAAUAAAUGAUGAUAAAAAAAAAAUAAAUGAUAAUAAUAAUGAAGAAUAUAAUGUUAAUAAUAAUAAUAAUAAUAAAGUAUAUUGUGAUUAUAAUAAUAAAGUAUAUUAUAAUAAUAAUAAUUAUAGUGAUGAAAAAAAUAAUGAUAAUUGUGAUUAUUAUUGCAGGGAUGAUACACAUGAACUUGAUAAGCACAAUAAAAACAAUGUUAAAAAUAUACAUUAUACAACUAAUAGGGAUGGUAAUAAUAAUAAGGAUAUAUCUUCUAAUAAUAAUAAUUUCGAAGAAAAAGAUAAUAAGAUGAAUAAUACUCAUGAAAAAUACUAUAAAACUCUACCUAGUCGAACUAAGUAUUAUAAAGAUUCGGAUACGAUGUUUGAUGAAGAAGAAUUAAAUAUCAUUGAAGGACAUAUUAUGAAACAUGUUUCUUUUGAAAAUUUAGAAGGUGUUAUUUCUAGUUCAGAUACAACAAAUAAUAGUAACAAAAUUAAAAGAAAUUAUACUUUUAGUAAUAUUAGAUAUAAGAAUCAUACAAAGAAUACAUUAAGUGUUGAAAGAAAUUACUCAACUUUACCUAACAUGAAUAUUGAUCAAAUGAAUACUUAUGGAAAAUUACCAAAAGAAGAAAAUAAUAAAAAUUCAGGUGCGCAUGUGUUUAUAAAAAAUGGUUAUUAUCUUGAAAAACAAAAUAUAAAGCAAAACAAUAAUACUAAGGAUAUUAUGAAAGAUAAAAAGAAUAUAUGUAAUCAAUCUAUACAAAAAUAUUUGAAUGGUGGUAGAAAUUUAAAUAAUAUAAAUAAUAUAAGAAAUAAGGAAAAUACGAAAUCUACUAUAUCACCUUAUCAAUAUAAUAAACGUUUACAGAGUGAACAAAACGUUACUAUAAGAAGUAGUUAUAAUCGUCAGAUAAGUCAAACAAUGAAUUAUCAAUACAACAAAAGAAAUAACUCUCAUGUAAAAAAUAAAAAUGUGAUCAAUAUUAUUAGUGGUAAAAUACCAGCUAUGUCAAAUAUUCAAAAAGAUACAUUAUUGACACAAAAUAAGAAUGUGACAAAACCUGUAUCCCAAAAAUAUAUUAGAACAUAUACUCUUAAUACAUAUGGUAUGAAUAAUCUAAGUAAUAAGAGUGCUGAAUGCAUGAAACAAAUAAAUAAUACAUAUAAUAAUAAUAAUAAUAAUAAUAAUAAUGAGAGGAUAGAAAAAAAUAAUAGUACAUUAUUUAUGGUAAAUCAUCAAAAAAUUCAUUCACUUAACAAUAACACAGAAAAUAUCAAUAUGAUAAAUAAACAGCAAAGAUUAGGUACAGAAUUUAUAAAGUCUAAUAACAGAGAAAAAUUAAAUGGCAACUUCAAUUUAAAAAGAAAUGUUAGUGCUACAAUUUUAAAUAAGACAACAUAA